AACAACUCAUGAAUAUCCGUCAGUUUGGCUUUUAGGGUAACGCUCAGAAUGCUUGCCAGUUUCGUUGCAGCAACAGAUUGAAAACGUGUCCCACAGACUGUGGGUCCAGAAGAGGGUUCAUUGAAAUAGUUUGCAUUACUUUACUUCUACUCCCGUUGGUUUCAAGUAGCAGCUUUUAAUGUCAUAAGUCUCGCAAUGGAUUAUGUCUAUUUUAUUAUGUACUGUUCAAUCAGUUUAUUAUUUCUCGAUUACAGACUUUCUGCAAAAGCUCAUGCCAAUCUCUCUGGAAAGUUAAGUGAAUAUGGUCUUAUCGUGCCAUUCAGUACAGACUCCCAUGGCCGGUACAUUUCUCACGUGGUCUCAGCUGGAACUGGAACUAAAGGCGGGGGUUCGCGCCCUGGGCGAAGACGGGUAGCCCGCAGCACCUCCGAGACCCUUUCUGUAACCUCAACUGGACAACACUUGUUUUUCAAUGUCACUGUUUUUGGGAAGGAAUUGCACUUACGCCUGAAAGCCAACAGAAGACUGGUUGCUCCAGGCGCCUCCGUGGAAUGGCAGGAAGACUUUGAGGAAAAGGCCCAUGAGCAAAUUCAUGGUGACUGCGUUUUCACAGGGGAUGUAUCAGAUAUGCCAGAAGCCACAGUGGCAAUAAGCAACUGUGAUGGACUGGCAGGCCUGAUUCGCACUGAUAAUGGGGAGUUUUUCAUUGAGCCCUUAGAGAAGGGGCAGCAGGAAGUGGAAGAGAAGGGGCGUGUUCACGUGGUGUACCGCAGGUCCGCCAUCAAAAGGGAACCAACCCAAGGAAGGGAAGACGUCCACAAUGAAGGUUCGGACUUUGGAAUUGGCGAACUUGACAACGAUUUAGACCUGAUGGAGCAGAAGCUGUCCGAAUCGCAACGCAAGCGCAGGGAUGCCAGGAAGGACGAUUACAACAUGGAGGUGCUGCUGGCGGUGGACGACUCAGUGGUGCGCUUCCACGGAAAGGAGCAUGUCCAGAACUACGUCCUGACGCUCAUGAACAUCGUUGAUGAAAUCUACCACGAUGAAUCAUUGGGAACCAACAUCAACAUUGUCCUUGUUCGUAUGAUAAUGGUUGGGUACAGGCAGUCCAUCAAUUUAAUUGAGCGUGGGAACCCCUCCCGCAGCCUGGAGCAGGUGUGUCGCUGGGCCAACACGCAGCAGCGGCGAAACCCCGACCACGCUGAGUACCAUGAUCAUGCCAUCUUCCUUACAAGGCAAGAUUUUGGUCCCGCAGGUAUGCAAGGCUACGCCCCAGUAACCGGCAUGUGCCACCCUCUCCGGAGCUGCACCCUGAACCACGAGGAUGGCUUCUCCUCUGCCUUUGUCGUCGCCCACGAGACCGGCCAUGUGUUAGGUAUGGAACACGACGGUCAGGGGAACCGCUGCGCGGAUGAGACCAGCAUGGGCAGCAUCAUGGCGCCUCUGGUGCAAGCGGCUUUCCACCGCUACCACUGGUCACGCUGCAGCAAGCAGGAGCUCAAUCGAUACAUCCACUCUUAUGACUGUCUGCUGGAUGAUCCCUUUGAACACAAAUGGCCCACGCUACCUGAGCUGCCAGGUAUUAACUACUCCAUGGAUGAGCAGUGCCGCUUUGAUUUCGGCGUGGGGUACAAGAUGUGUACGGCUUUUCGCACGUACGACCCCUGCAAGCAGCUGUGGUGCAGUCACCCAGACAACCAGUACUUCUGCAAGACUAAGAAGGGUCCCCCUGUCGAUGGAACCGAGUGUGCGCACGGCAAGUGGUGCUUCAAGGGCCACUGCAUCUGGAGGUCGAGUCAGGAGCCGUACGGUCACGAUGGCAGCUGGGGGUCCUGGGGAAAGUUUGGGUCCUGCUCCCGGACCUGCGGGGGAGGAGUGCGCUCCCGAAGCAGGCAGUGCAACGACCCGCCACCUGCCUACGGCGGAAGGGAAUGUCCCGGCUCCACGUUUGACUACCAGAUGUGUAACACCGAUGAAUGUCCCGGGCCCUACGAGGACUUCCGUGCCCAGCAGUGCCUGCAGAGGAGCAACAAGUACCACCAGAACGUCAAACACACCUGGCUGCCAUAUGAGCACCCAGACGAGGCCCACAAAUGCGAGCUGAGCUGUGAGUCCAAGGAAACGGGAGAGGUGGUGUUCAUGAACCAGGUGAUGCAUGAUGGGACGCGAUGCAGCUACACAGACCCCUACAGCGUGUGCACCCGCGGGGAGUGCCUGCACGUGGGCUGUGACAAAGAUGUGGGGUCGUACAAACAAGAUGAUAAGUGCGGAGUGUGCGGAGGGGACAACUCCCACUGUCGGACCGUCAAAUUGACCCUCACCAAGACGCCGAAGAAAACUGGCAUGCUGAAAAUGUUUGACAUCCCAGUUGGAGCCAGACAUAUACUCAUAGAGGAAAAUGAGACAUCUCCUCACCUUAUUGCUGUGAAAAAUCAAGUGACGGGCACGUUCAUACUGAAUGCCAAAAGCGAAGAUGCCAAGUCGAAGACGUUCAUUGAGAGCGGUUUGGAGUGGGAGUACUCUCUUGGGAGCGGCAAAGAGAGCCUAAAAACCAUUGGCCCCCUUCACGAAAGCAUUGUUGUCCUGGUUAUUCCUCAGGAGGAAGAUACCAAAAUUAGCCUGACCUACAAGUACAUAAUUCACGAAGACCUGCUGCCAGUCAUUACCAAUAACAACGUUCUGCUUGCUGAGUUAGACACAUAUGAGUGGGCACUAAAAAGUUGGUCGCAGUGUUCAAAACCAUGUGGGGGAGGUGUCCAGUUCACAAAAUACGGAUGCAGAAGGAAAAGUGACAGCCGGCUUGUACACCGGAACUUCUGUGAAACCAGCAAGAAGCCGAAACCAAUCCGAAAGCGAUGCAAUGUGAACGAAUGUAGCCAGCCUACGUGGGUGGUGGAGGAAUGGAGCCCUUGCAGUAAGACAUGUGGGAAGCUGGGCUAUCAAACGAGGCUCGUGCAGUGCGUGCAAGCUCUCCACAACGGCACUAACAGGACCGUCCACACCAAGUACUGCACCGAAGAGCGGCCAGAGAUGAGGAGGGCCUGCAACCGCUCUGCCUGCCCCGCCCAGUGGAGGACAGGGGCCUGGUCUCAGUGCUCUGUCAGCUGUGGAGAGGGGAUUCAGCAGCGUCAGGUUGUAUGUCGGGCGAACGACAACAGCAUUGGGCAGUGUGAGGGAGAUAAGCCAGAAACCGUGAUAAUCUGCAAAUUGGCUCCCUGUUCAGGACAGUUCAUUCUGCCCUCCUCCAGUGCGGACCUGUUUGUUAAUGGGACCUUAAAGGAUGAUGUCUUAUCCCAGGUUAUCCCUGACAACCUUGUGAAUAAAAUAUCUUCAAAUGAACCGUGUCUUGGUGAUAAAUCCAUAUUCUGCCAGAUGGAAGUGCUGGCACGUUACUGCUCCAUACCAGGCUACAACAAGCUAUGCUGUGAGUCCUGCAGCAAGAACGUGGACUUAACUACACCAACUGCCAACCUCAGCACGUCAACUACUGAGAUGCCCAACUCCUCGGCUCCUAUCCUGCCCAGUUCUAUCCCACUACUAGAGGCAACACUUACCCUUGCGACUCAGAAUCCACCUGAGAUGACUACAGAGUCUACCGAAAGGCUGCAUUCUACCUCGCAAGGCCCAACUGUCUCCGCUCCAAGCCUUCAGUCCACUGGACUCCCCCAAACAGGCAGCCAGGGUCUCACACAGAGUCCUCCCUUGACUGGGGACCCAGGCGCAGACACCAUGUUUACUCUACCUCCAGGGCAGAGUCCUGCCCCUCCACGGCUUACCUCAAACUCCAGUGAAAAUCCAUUGGGCAAAGACAGUCAGAACAGCACUUUAGCCUCCAAGGGUGUCACCAGGUCAAGAAGGGAUGAAUUAGAAUCUGAGAGAGACCUGAUUCACAGAACCGUACCACUGGUGACAUGAGUGGUGUCUUUUUUUUCCUCUUCUGUGAACGUGCUACACAGAAUUAUCAUCGCCUUCAUCGGUUUGCAGUUUGAACAUCUGCUGAUGAAUUAUUUUGUGGACUUUUAACCAGUUGCUGCAAGUAAAACAAUUCCAGUGCCAGUGGACUUAGACCAGUAAUGGUUACCUCGAAAAAAGCAGAGUAAACUAAAUGCACAAAUACUGCAUUGCAAUACAUUCUCUGCUUUAAUUAAGAAAUGGAAUAAAGUAUAAAAUUAAGGUGCUGUAAACUAAAAGGACUAUGAGACACGCUAAGAUAUAAUUAUGACUGCAUUUGCUAAACAUUUCUUUUUUGACCCUUGUACAGUUGUUAACCUGUUUUCAGUGCAUCAGAACUACUGUUGUACUUUGUGAAUAUGUGUGGUAUGAACACAAUAUCUUUUGUGAAUGCUGUGAUGUAUAGAUGCCGUGUCACUCACCAUGUGACAGGUACCUAUGUAACCCCACCUUCUGGUGCUUCAUUGUUUAUGUGUUUUUACAAAAUCUGCUUCCAAGAGACUGUCAUCAAAGAAACCAACCUAAAGACGCCUAAUACACCACAGUGAAUGCAUGUCAUCCUCACUCCCUACUGUAGCAUGCAUAUUGCUUUUGUGGAACUUGCAUAUGCUUUAAGAAAUAUUCUGAUAUUUUUUUAACUGAUAUAUUUUCCAAGUAAAAUUGUAUAUAGUGUAAAUUCCUGCAGCCUAUGAAAAAAAAAUAACAACAAAGCGUGUAAUUUAAAAUAUAAGGUAAUGGGAAAAUACGGAACAGCUGUAUGUCUGGAGAGUGUGGUUGAUUGAAUGUCAGCCACACUUGGCUGCUCAUUAUAUUAUUUCCUUCCUGUCUAGUGGUUCACAAUGUGACUAUGUGUUUUGUAUAGUUCUUGUAUAUACAUGAAUGAGAGCUUUAAAUGUUAAUAUUUAUUAAAUUUAAAAAUGGUAGAAAACUCAAAAAGACGUGUUUAAACAUAACGCUGGAGAAAUAACCCAUCUGUACCUGUGCUUUUGGAGUGCUGACGAGAAUGUGUAACCUUUUGUGAAAUAUUACUGUAGAUGUGAUCCAGACACAGAACUCGCAGAAAACCUUUAACGCAUAUUCAUUUUCUGUGGAAACUGAAGAAAUGUUACCAGAUUUGAGAACUAUACACUUUAUGUUUAGCUUAAAUGAAAGACUGUAUCAGGAUAAUUUGUCAGAAAUAAUGUACUUACUGGUAUGCACAAGCCUUUGAAUAACUUUGCAGUAUUCAAAAGUGGAUGUUUCCACUGAAACACUGAGCUACAAAAGCAUUCUGAUGCAUUUUCUGGUUUUCUGCAUUAUCUUUUGACUUUUAUUUACAUAUCAUCCUAUCCAAACUGAACAAAACAGCCUAAACAGGAGUAAUCCUCUGUUAAAAAUAAAUUCUAUAUAACAUGAAAAUAA